GAUCAACAAGUCGCAGAAAUGCAGUUACCUGCUGCCGGCUGGCGGACUAUACCUCGCUUCACUGCCGUUUUGGGCUGCUUUUAAUCUUCAGGAGAUGCUCAUGAAAACCAACAGACGCGCACCGAAGGGAUUUUAGUGUUCCAAAUGCACUGCUCUGCUCGGUUAUGACGUCACUGGCGGCAACGUAUUCCCUCUUGGCUUCUUGAACAUCGAAGGACAACCACGCAAGCUGCAGCAAGAACACAAAGCAGGUCAUUUUUUUCCUUGAAGAGAAAAGCUUGCAGCCUGCACUAUCCAAACCACUUGAGAGUUGACGUGAGUACGGCAGCACUGCCCACGCAGGUGCCCCCCACGACCACAUCGAUCCUCCCUAUGGACCUGCGGAUGGUUGACCACCAUCACCAACAGACCCCCUAUGGUUUACUCCCCCAGCCACACCCUGUGCCACCCACCUCCACCGUGUGCCCCACAUCGAAUGAACCGGGCAAUGGGCCAGUCAUUAGCCACCAAGAGCAGCAGCUGCAGCAGGAGCUGGUGGCCCUUAAACACAAGCAGCAGCUCCAGAGACAGCUACUUAUUGCUGAGUUUCAGAGGCAACAUGAACAGCUGUCCAGACAACAUGAAGCCCAGCUACAUGAUCAUAUCCAACAGCAACAGGAUUUGAUGACGCUGAAACAUCAGCAGGAGCUGUUGGAGCAUCAGAGGAAGGUGGAGCAGCAGCGCAAUGAGCAGCAGUUGGAGAAACAGCACCGGGAGCACAAGCUACUGCAGCUCAAAAACAAGGAGCGGGGCCAAGAAAGUGCGGUGGCAAGCACCGAGGUAAAGAUGCGACUUCAAGAGUUUGUCCUGAACAAGAAGAAAGCCCUGGCUCAGCGAAACUUAAACCACUGUCUGCCCAAUGAUCCACGUUACUGGUACGGGAAAACCCAACACAGUUCUCUGGAUCAAAGCUCCCCUCCCCAAGCGGUGAUGUCAGCAUAUCACCAUGCGGUGCUGGGUGCAUACGACUCCAGAGACGACUUCCCACUACGCAAAACAGCCUCGGAACCCAACUUGAAGCUUCGCUCGCGAUUAAAACAGAAAGUGACGGAGCGGCGGAGCAGCCCUCUCCUCCGUAGGAAAGACGGCCCUGUCCCCACCGCGAAGAAACGUUCCCUUGACAUCGCCGAUUCUGCAUGCAGCAGCGCCCCCGGUUCAGGUCCCAGCUCCCCCAACAACAGCUCCGGUAACAUCCCCCAUGAGAAUGGGGUUCCCAUUUCCAGCAGUCCAGGAGAGACGUCCUUGCUUCAGCGUCUAGUUUCGAGGGACGGUUCCGUAAGCCAUCUCUCACUUUACACGUCCCCUUCGCUGCCCAACAUUACACUGGGACUUCCAGCGACAUGCCCGGGAAACACUGCAAUAUCAGGACAUCAAGAUACUGAGAGCCGCCUGGCGCUGCCCGCCGCCUUACAGAAGGGCAUUCCUUUGACUCCCCCUUUCCUGCCGGCUACCCACUUGCCAGCCUACUUGGCAUCUUCAGGUCUGGACAGAGAGGGGGCAGCAAGCGGCGCAGCUGGCCAUGCCCCCCUCCUGCAACACAUGGUGCGGUUGGAGCAGAGCCACAGUCCAAUGGCAGUCGGCUUAAACGGCCUUCCACUCCCGUCGCCUUCUAUCUCCAAGCUGGCGCGGGGCCACCACCCUCUGGGUCGAACCCAGUCAGCGCCCCUGCCGCAGCAGCAGUGCGCACAGGCACAGGCCCUGCAGCAGCUGGUAGUCCAGCAGCAGCACCAGCAGUUUCUGGAAAAGCACAAGCAACAGUUUCAGCAUCAGCAGCACAUUAUCAACAAGAUCAUGUCAAGCGAGCAGAACUCAGCCGCCUGCUCGCCUCCAUCCGUGUCGUCGAGGCAACACCAGAGUCACCCCGAGGAGACGGAAGAGGAGCUCAGGGAGCACCAGGCACUCUCGUCCUCUUCUUCCUCACUAUCUUCCUCUCCGUCCUCCUCCUCUGUGGCCAUCAAGCAGGAGCCUCUCGACCCUCAUGAACAGGAGGACAGGCAGACUGAGCAGGAGAUGCUCUUCCGACAGCAGGCCCUGCUGUUGGAGCAACAGCGUAUUCAGCAGUUGCGGAGUUACCGGGCAUCGAUGGAGGCGGCCGGUUUGUCAGUCAGCUUGGCUGCCCACCGUCCGCUCUCCAGGGCGCAGUCGUCUCCCGCCUCAUCCUCCUUCCCUAUGAUGGUGCCCGAGCCUGUGGUCAAGCCUCGAUUCACUACAGGCCUCGUGUACGAUUCAUUGAUGCAAAAGCACCAGUGUAUGUGCGGCAACACAAACAUCCACCCAGAGCACGCAGGUCGCAUCCAGAGCAUCUGGUCACGUCUCCAGGAGACAGGCCUCAGGGGACACUGCGAGUGCAUCCGGGGAAGGAAAGCCACCCUUGAGGAACUUCAGACAGUCCACUCUGAAGCUCACGUUCUACUGUAUGGCACCAACCCUCUGCGGCAGAAGCUGGACUGCUCCAUUAGUCCUAUGUUUGUGAGAUUACCCUGCGGAGGCAUUGGGGUGGACAGCGACACCAUUUGGAACGAAGUCCAUUCAUCCAGCGCGGCUCGGUUGGCUGUUGGCUCAGUGGUGGAGCUUGUCUUCAAAGUUGCGUCGGGAGAACUGAAGAACGGUUUUGCAGUUGUGCGACCACCUGGCCACCAUGCGGAGGAAAGCACUCCCAUGGGAUUCUGUUACUUCAACUCGGUGGCUAUUGCAGCCAAACUUCUGCAGCAGAGGCUCAAUGUCAGCAAGAUCCUCAUUGUGGACUGGGAUGUUCACCACGGCAAUGGGACGCAACAGGCCUUCUACGCUGACCCCAGCGUUCUUUACCUGUCUCUGCAUCGCUAUGACGACGGCAACUUUUUCCCUGGAAGUGGAGCCCCCGAUGAGGUUGGCAGCGGCCCUGGUACCGGUUUCAAUGUGAACAUGGCUUUCACUGGAGGACUUGACCCACCCAUGGGUGAUGCGGAGUACUUGGCCGCAUUCCGGACGGUGGUGAUGCCAAUAGCCAAUGAGUUUGCACCAGACGUGGUUCUGGUAUCUUCUGGCUUCGACCCAGUGGAUGGACACGCUCCACCUCUGGGUGGAUACACACUUACUGGCAAAUGUUUCGGCUACCUGACAAGGCAGCUGAUGGGUCUGGCAGGCGGUCGGCUGGUGCUCGCCCUAGAGGGAGGCCAUGACCUCACAGCCAUAUGUGAUGCAUCUGAAGCCUGCGUCUCAGCUCUGCUAGGCAACGAGUUGGAGCCUAUUCCAGAUGAGGUACUGCAUCAGAGACCGAACGCCAACGCCAUCCACUCGAUGGAGAAAGUUCUCGAAGCACACAGUAAAUAUUGGCGCUCGCUACAACGCUCUGCCUCCACGCUCGGCUGCUCUUUGAGUGAAGCCCGAAGACGAGACACUGAUGAAGCCGAGACGGUCUCAGCGAUGGCGUCGUUGUCCGUCGCUAACAAGCAUGUUGGAAAAAAGGCUGAAGUAGAACCGAUGGAAGAGGACGCGCCAAUGUAAGGAGGACAAAUUGCCUUUUGUUUCACUUUUGUGUGUUGCCCUCACAUCAUGACGCUUCUCAAUACCACUCCUCCCCCACUUCCUGUCUGUUCAUGGACACGCAGAGAGGGAUCGUAAAAAGCAUGAUGACGUUAAUCUACCUUGCAACGUCCCAGGUGACGUAAAGCUCAACUUGUGGAAGACGCCAUCGUUGCGCAACCUUUAGUGCCAGUACUUUUCCAACACUCAUCUCGUGAUCUCAUGUACAUUUUUGAAUGGACAUUCGGACAGACACCAUACUGCUUUUUAGAGUCCUUUUAUUUUUUUUCUUGUUAACUUUUUCAUGGCAUCACACGGAGGAUGCUAAGAAUGUGACUGCACUAAGGAUGGAACAUUCCUGCUUUUUUUUUUUUGUGUUGAAUUAUCGGAAAGAAUGAAACAAAGAGAUCAAUUUGAUGACAUUUUUCCAAUGUGGUCUGCAGGUGUUCUCUUUCCAAACUGAUUGACAGUGGAAGAAAACAAAAUCUGCUUUUGUGCCUUUUUUUGUUAGUGUAAAAAAAAUAAAAGAUAUUUUUUGGGAUACUUAACUCAUGGGAUGCCAUUUGAUGGCGAUAAAUGACCCAUCCGUUUUGACUGGUAGGACUCCUCUUCUAGUUAAGAUGGAUGGUGUCAAUGGUGGCCCAUGAUUUUAAGAGCCAUGCCUUGAACCAGGCUCAAUAAAAGGGCACCUUUUCAACCCAAUUCUACAAAACUUGGCCAGACAUCCAAUGAGUGCUUGUUAGUAGCCUUGCUGAUGUCAAAUUUCCGCCAGCAAAACUUCUAGCUCUGCUUUUACUUGUUUUUCCUCCUCUCAUCAAUUUGAGAAACGCCCACUGGAGUUGCCAGGAGGUCAUUGAAAGUAGUGAACACUGUAAAAAAAAAAAAAGUCCCUGUGUUCCACAUUAUUACAAAUUAAGGAAAAUACGGUGGUAUGAAAAAGUAUGUGAUCCUUUUGGAAUUUCUCACAUUUCUGCAUAAAAUCAACAUCACAUGUGAUCUGACCUUUGUCAAAAUGACACAGAUGAAAAAACAGUGUCUGCUUUAAUUAAAACCACUCAAACAUUUAUAGGUUUUCAUAUUUUAAUGAUGAUAGUAUGCAAAUAAUGACAGAAGGGGUAAAAAUAAGUAAGUGAACCAUCACAUUUAAUAUUUUGUGGCCUCCACUUUGGCAGCAAUAACUUUAACCAGACACUUCCUGUAGUUCAUCUAUCAAGACUAAAAUCUUGGCCCAUUCUUCUCUAUAAAGCUGCUGUACUUCAGUCAGAUUCCUGGGAUGUCUGGAAUGAAUCUCUGUCUUUAGGUCAUGCCACAGCAUCUCAAUUGGGUUUAAGUCUGGACUUCGACUUGGCCACUCCAGAAUGUGUAUUUUGUACUUCUGAAACCAUUCUGAACUUGAUUUACUUCUGUUUUGGCUCAUUGUCUUGUUGCAGCAUCCAUCCUCUUUUAGCUUCAAUUGACAGACGGCCUCAGGUUUUCCUGCAAAACAGUCUGAUAAACUUUUGAAUUCAGUCUUCCAUUAAUGAUUGAAGUUGUCCGGGCUUCUGUGUGGUGUCCAACUGCCUUUUUGCGAACAUUAAACGAGCAACCAUGUUUUUUUUUAGACAGCAGUGGCUUCUUCUGUGGAGUCCUCCAACGAACACCAUUAUUGGCCAUAGUUUUACAUAUUGUUGAUGUGUGCAUAGAAAUAUUGGACUGUGCCAGUGAUUUCUGUAAGUCUUUAGCAGACACUCUAUGGUUCUUUUUACAUCUAAGUAUUCUGCACUGAACUCUUGCCGUCUUCUUUGGUGGACGGCCACUCCUUGGGAGAGAAGCAAAAGUGCUGAACUCUCUCCAUUUGUAGACGGCUCUUUUGACCAAGCCAUGAUGCACAUCAGACAAUGCUUCUCAUCAAGAAAUUUCUUAUCAGGUGUGUGUUUUAUAGUGGGAAGGGCAGCUUUAAACCACUCAUCAGUGAUUGGGCGCAGACCUGACUUAAAAUGUUUGGGAAAAAAUUGGUUUCAAUUGGUCUUUAAGUCUCCUUAGGCACAGAGUUCACUUACUUAUUUUUCCUCCUUCUAUCAUCGUUUGCAUGCUAUCCUCACUAAAAUAUGAACACGUAUAAAUGUUUGGGUGGUUUUAGUUAAAGAAGACACUCUAUUUUCAUCUAUGUGAUUAUGACAAAGAUCAGAUCACAUUUGAUGGUGAUUUUAUGCUAAAAUGUGAGAAAUUCCAAAAUGUUCAGAUACUUUGUCAGACCACUGUAUAUAGUUGGAAUGGGUGGGGGGGGGUUAUCCCUUGACCUCAACCCUACUGAAAACGUGUAUAAAGCAGUAUUUUAUUUUAAAUGACUGACUUAAUAUAAUGCAAAAAAAAUACUUCUAUUAAUUAUAUAAAAUACGUACAGUCAUAUUAAUUAAUCAUAUUAUAUAUAAUCGUAUUAAUCAUCUUUCAAUUUUUUUGUGAGGGGGGUGGCUUAAAAAGAUAAAUGGUGAUUUCAAUUCCUUAUUUUUAAAACGAGACUUUUUUUUUCAAGGGAACAGUGAAUGCACCAACAUAAAUAAAUUAUGAUUCAUAACGUGUCAGAAUUUUUUUUUUUUUUCGAAGUAAAGUCAGAUGUUUGUGAAUGUAAAAUGACGAUAAUGCAAUUUUAUUUUUUUACUGAAAGUAAACUGUACUUUAUAUAUAUAUAUAUAUUGACAAAAAAUUAGUUGGUUGUGGUCUUUCGUCAUAUCCAUAUUAUUAUAGAAGAUAAUACAAUAUUUGAUUAUCCCCAAAAUGCAUUCCCAGUAAAUUGUAUGGACACUUUAGGAAAAUGAGCAAAAAAUCACAUUUAAGCACUUCUUAGCAGGAAAGUUAAUAUAUUUGAAAAGCUCACUAUAAAAAGUGAAUCUCAUAAAGAUUAAUUAAAAAUAAUUUUUAAAAUAUCAAUUUCCACCUCCUAUUUGUAUUAAAAACAUUUUAUAAUUCCUUCAGAUUGUGAUUGUGCUUAGUCCUCACCCUAAAAAUAGAAUUUUGAACUUUCACCUAGCGUGAAGUGAAUGUAUGACUUCAAAAUUAAACGAUUGAAAGAAAUAAACUAGACUUCAAUUAUUUUUUCAAAAUCAAAUGAUGUGGAACACAGUGCACUUCCAACACUUACUAAGACGAAUAUUUCAACAAAACGGCGUCCCAGUAAAUGUUUGAACAUGUGAGGUUGGAACGUGUCGUUAUGACAACCACGAUAUACCACCUGGGAGGUUCCAGAGGGGCAGCUGCUUUAACAUCUGCGCCCCAAAUGUCUGCUUUUGGUGAAUGUGGCAGGUGUGUGUUCAUUCAAUGCACUCAACACAUGUUGUUGGGGUUUUUUUUCAAUUAUUUUUUUCUUUUUGUCCUCAAUUGCCAUUUUUUCUUAUGUAGUGAAACAAACUUAUAUGGUUGUGCCUUGAGAUAUGAAUUGAGUCUGUUGGGUGACCAUGGCUGUAAAUCAAAGCAAAUUAAAUCAAUGGAAAUUCCCUAAACCAGUUAGUUGCAGGAUCAAAAAGAAAUCAACUAGGACUGCAACUAACGAUUAUUUUUAUGAUCAAUUAAUUGGAUGAAUGUCACUUUUUUCAAUUACCUUUACAAUUUAACUUGAAGUUGUUUUAGGCAUAUUGUAACUAUGAUGAAGACAAAAUGGAUGACUAUUUCCUUUAAAGAUAAUAUUUCAUUACAGCGUCCUGACUUAACUGUAGUCUACAACUGUACUGUUUUAAGUUUAUAAAACAUGUUAAAGUUUUUAAUUUAAGUUCUGAGUACAAAACCAAAAAAAAAAUUCUCAGUACACAAAUCAGGAAAAAAAAAGACCUGUUCAUUCAAUUAAAAAAAAAAGUUCUGCAAAGCACUGAUAAUAAAUUGUGCCAACUCAUUUAUUUUCUUUUAAUAAACUAAACAACUUCAAAUAAGGAGGAGGCAGACUGGCAUGAAUCAGUUUUCUUUAUGAAACAGUUGUUCUUAAAUACAAUCCAAAUCGAAUUUCAAAGCACGCUCUAUUACACAGUUUGAAAGGGAGUUUUUGAAAGGAGACUAAGCUGUUACACGAUUGGGUUUAUAAAAACGAAAUGAGACAACUUGACAAUCUAACAAUAACUCAAGUGCUAAUAUGUUUCUCCAAAACACAAUACAAAUGGACACUAAGACAAUGAUUAGCAUGAUCGCUAAGUUGCUUAGCGCUCCGUGCUAAGUAGCAACAUCUCAUCAACAAAGAAUACAAACAAUAUAAACAAACAAUACAAUUGGAUUCAUUUACUUACCUCUGACGGAGGUACACCGGAUCUAACACAAGAUACAAUCUAACUCGCAACCAGUGUUGUUAAUAACGACGUUAGAAUAUAACGGCGUUACUAACGACGUUAUUUUUUUUUCAGUAGUGAGUAAUCUGAUUAAUUACUUUUCUCAUCUUGGCAACGCCGUUACCGUUACUGAGGCAGGAAAGGCGUGCGUUACUAUGCGUUGCUAUGUUGGUUGAAUGACGCGAAAAAAGUCUGAGAGAGACGGACUAACGGAGACGAGAGAGCAGGUGUGGUGAGGAGGCAAGGGAGUUGUGACGGCGUUGCAAACGCGAUGCUACUAUGCUAGGUGGCUCCAAUAAUACCUGACUGUAGCCGAUAGCCUACAAACUACGCCCACAUGAUGCUACGGUAGAUAUCACAUAAUAUAGAACUAGAUGCAAAUGACAGACACGGCAGCAUUAGCAACGUGUAUAAAGAACUAUAUGCGUUAAUAAACAGCCGCCAUCUUAAAACAGUAGACCUCUCAGGAAGGCUCUGGUGUAGAGAAACUUCCUAGCGAACCUAAGUGUUUUUAUCUAAAAUGCUCCUAAAUCGGCAAAAUCUUGACUUAAAUCUAUCUUUAAAUGAUGACAGUUUUAAAACUUACACAUAUAGAAACUAGACAGAAGGCAACUAAUGCAAUAACGGGAGCCAUUUUAACAACUUUAACGGUUGAUUCACAACAUUAAAUGACUUCCACACAUAGCAAAGGUUACUAUCUAGUUAUCGCAAUAUCCGCAAUGCCCCUGUGUCUAGUUAAGUUAAGGGUAAAGAAUUGGGCUAGGGCCAAUUGUCCCAAAAACCCUUUUAACUUCCCAUUGUGUGACCUGUUUUUUGAGGAAAAAAAAAACAUGAAAAUGAUCACCAGUUACUUUACCAAGUAACUGAUUACUCUUACAUUCAGGUAACUGAGUUACUAACGCAAUUACUUUUUUGGAGAAGUAAUUUGUAACUGUAAUUAAUUACUUCUUUAAAGUAAGAUUAACAGCACUGCUCGCAACACUUCGUAAUAAUAUUGAUUCAGCAACCCAACAGCAGCAGCAGUUGCAGUAGUGAACUCUCUCUCUUGCACUAAUCACUGGUGUGCGCAGCCUCACAUUAGACACAAACAAGACCAAAAUGGACCAUAGCUCCCGUCAAAAAUCAAUUAUCAAAUUCGUUGGCAGCUACUGUAAUUUAUUAAUCGAUUUAAUGGAUUAGUUUUUGCAGCCUCAAAGUUAGCACUAAGCUCACAUAUUUUAUCUUGUCAUUUUAAUUGUCUUAGGCUACGUUAAGAGCACAGGUCCUGAUGCACAAAUCCAAUUUUUUUGCCAUAUUCAAUGUUUUGUGUGACUCAGGUUUUAAUCAAAUAAAUAGCCUGAAAAAUGUAACGAAUGCAUAGAAACAAACAAUAAGAAUAAGUAAAGUGAGUAAAGUGACACGCAUGCGCAGAUGUAGAAAAAUAUGUCACAAGGCAGCAGCAGAAGCAUGCUAAACAAAACAGCAAAGCCUAUUUGACAUUAAGGCCUCUGAUUUCACUGUCCAGAGAUUUAUCAAACUUGAAUGGAACUGAAAAAACUGUAGUUGGAUUGCAGCUUGCUCGUAGCAAUACUACGACUAAUCUCGUACUCCUUUUUUAAAAUGUAUUAAUUUGGCCCUAAUACUCUGUCGUAUCAAAGUGCAUCAUUAGUUGUUUUUUUUCCUGUGCUUCAUUAGUGAUACGUGACAAUUAUUUAUCUACUAGUGCUGUCAAAAUUAUCGUGUUAACGGGCGGUAAUUAAUUUUUUAAAUUAAUCACGUUGAAAUAUUUGACGCAAUUAACGCACAUGCCCUGCUCAAACAGAUUAAAAUGACAGCACAGUGUCAUGUCCACUUGUUACUUGUGUUUUUGGUGUUUUUUCACCCUCUGCUGGCGCUUGGGUGCGACUGAUUUUAUGGGUUUCAGCACAUUAGCAUUGUGUAAUUAUUGACAUCAACAAUGGCGAGCUACUAGUUUAUUUUUUGAUUGAAAAUUUUACAAAUUUUAUUAAAACGAAAACAUUAAGAGGGGUUUUAAUAUAAAAUUUUUAUAACUUGUACUAACAUUUAUCUUUUAAGAACUACAAGUCUUUCUAUCCAUGGAUCACUUUAACAGAAUGUUAAUGUUAAUGCCAUCUUGUUGAUUAAUUGUUAUAAUAAACAAAUACAGUACUUAUGUACAGUAUGUUGAAUGUACAGGAUAUAUCCGUCCUGUGUCUUAUCUUUCCAUUUCAUCAAUACUUUACAGAAAAAUAUGGCAUAUUUUAUAGAUGGAUUGAAUUGCGAUUAAUUACGAUUAAUUAAUUUUUAAGCUGUGAUUAACUCGAUUAAAAAGUUUAAUCGUUUGACAGCCCUAACUCUGCUGUGAGCACCUGUCCCCAGCUGUUAUGCGUUCAGGCUUCAUGUACACCCAGUGAACGUGUGUUCUCUACUGCAGGAGACACUAUCUGUCUAGAACGCUCAGGCUUACUGCCUGAGAAGGCAAAUAUGAUUAGUUUCCUUAACAAAAAUUGUUUAUGAUUUUAUACUGUACCCGUUGCUAAUCUGGACUGGAUUUUACAAGUUGUGUUUUUGUUUGUUUGUUUGAUAUUCUGCUUUAGGGUAGCCCAUUAGUGGGAGCGCAAUAACAUGUAAAAAUGCCUGCAGCAUAAGACACUCUAAAACAUAGGCAAAAGAAUAUGUGUAAAUGUUUUCUCUGAAAGCUUUUGAAAAAUAAACAUCUUUGUGAGAGUGCAUUCAUGUGGAAAGAAACAUCAUCAUAUUCAAGUUCAAAGACUGAUAUUUCCAUACAAGCUAAAAAUGGCUCUGAGAGAAAUUCAUAGCAAAGUUCAUUGAAAGUUCAUAUAAUUAAAAAAAAAAUAAUGGAGAAGUUAAGAAAUUAAUAUUAAUUACGGAAUUUUUUUUACCCUGCCUACUAAAAGAAUCGGAAUCGAGAAUCGUUUGGAACCGGAAUCGAGCCGUGGAAUCGGAACCGUUCAAAUUCAAACGAUGCCCAACCCUGCUCAUAUCUCAAGGCACAAGUGUGGUUCAGUACAUAAUUUAAACAAAUAUUUCAGUGGUUACUAAGUCUUACAUUUCAGUCAUCAUGAAGUAUGUGAAUUGGUUUUUCCAAUGUCAACACUUGACUCAUAUGAAAGUCAAUUUUAUUAUAAAAGUGGCCUCCAUUCAGUAGAUUGCUCCGUGUUUAAACUCUGGGCAGCUCCAUUCUUCAUUUAAGUGUCACAUUGUUUUAAAAAAAAAAAAAAAAAAAAAUUGCUUAUAUUAUUGGCCGCCACGGAUGACAAUAGAUGUCCAAACUAUUUUGACUGGGAGGGAAAAAUAGAUUGGACCUCUAUCGCUGCCAAUGGCACUGGAACAUGAUCAGCCACUGCCAGUUUUAGAUAUUUGGCAUCCAUAGCUGUCAAUUACAGUGAAUGCCAUUUUCCUGCCACAUGUCUUUUAGGACCGUGUCAUCCUCCCAUUAUUGCAGUGACAUUUUUUGUAUUUUUUAUCAUUUUGUAUAUUUUGUUCAUAUUGCCUUGUGUUACAUUUUUUCCAAGCUGACAAGACUGAUGAGGGUCUGGAAUUGAACUGAGGGGUUUUUGUGUGGGGAAAUGUUUCUACUUUGUAUACAAUUGUGUAUUGUCUGUUCAUAGUAGAGUUCUAUAUAUAUGAAAAAGAAAUGAUUAUAUUCUAUAACGACUAUGUAUACUGUACGUUUCACGUAGUAGGCCCUGGAUGGGGUUGUUAUUGAAGGCGCCGAUUGCUUUCCUCGCUUCCGGUUUGCUGUCGAAUUGCGCUUAUCAUGGCUGCCGUUUGCUCAACGAUGUCACCUUUUUGGACUCGUUCAUUCCGCUUCACGUAGUCGCGCACAUAUUUGUAUUUUUCCAAACUCUCCUUGUCUUUUCCUGUCUGUAGAUUUUGAUUGUAGAAGAACAUGCGUUUUCUAUGGCACCUGUUACAUUUUAGUAAUUGAGGUAACCUGAGACCAAUAUUAAACUUGGAUUUUACAAUUCACAAACUGGACUCUGUGUGCACGUGUGUGUGGUGUGUGUGUGUGUAGUGAUCAGAAAAGAAAGGAUUACCAGAACAUUGCAGUUUAAUAAAAUGGAAAAAUCAUACAACCAGUGUUGUUUUCGCAAUCGAUGACAAUAACGAAAAUAUUUCGUCCACAAACACAAUUUUCAUGAAGAAGACAAGAUGAUAACGCGCUAACAACGUGUUUUGGGAGACUAAAACGUAACAAGACGAAUGCCAGUUUUCGUCUGACGAGACGAGAACGAGACGAAAAUGCGCAAUAGUUUCUGUCACAUGUUCACUCCAGGCGCUCCAGCUUGCACACACGGUAAGAGUUGUUUUCUUUUCUUGGCCAAAGAGAUUAUACAAUGUUGUUUUAACCUUUAAAGGACUGUGCUGAAUGAUCAUCACACACUAAAUGUAACUCAUAGCAUCUUUUCGCGUUCGCAUUAGGCUAAUGUCAACGGCGAGCUUCCUCUUAAACUCUUGGACAAC